AUGAACUACCGCGGCAUAGAAAUCUUCCUCUACAAACCCGCCCUCCACUCAAACCCCAUUUCCAUCGGCUUCAACACCGGAAACUCCCAACGUAUGGACAUGCUCCACUCAUGCCUCGUCUCCGCCAAAUCCCUUCUCGACCCCAACCUUGAGCAACCCCUGUCCGUCUACAACCCCCCCCCCCCCGACCUAACCUAUGUCCUCAAAACAAUCUCGACAUACGACUACUUCGACCGCAUUAUCGCUAAUCUCGACAAAGUGGGAGCGCUGAUCGAUCAGAGCUUGCUAGAACUGUGUCGAAACCCUUUUCCAACCGGCUGUGCUAAUGCGAUGCGUAGGAUCAAGAGCGUGUAUGAGGCAAAAGUUGCGGCGGAGCAGGCUAGGAACUCGGUGGUUUUUGAAGGCGUAGGGAUUAAUGGAGAUCAGAUGGAUUGGUUGGACGAUGCUUAUUGGCAGGAGUUGUUGAAUGAUGGGACGUUUUUGCAGUAUACGGCUGUGUAG